AUGUCCGCUUGUCCGGUCUGCCUCAGCUUCGGCUCUGGUGUGGCUCUGCUCCGUAUCCUCCUGGGUUGGUUUGCCAAAGGCCAGUUCCUGGCAGAAGUGUUCGCAUCUCUGUCCACGACGAAUAAGGUCCCCGUAUGCUUCAAGAGCACUCUCAAAAAUUUCACCCAAUAUGCCCACAUGAUUGAGAAAAAGCUCCAGAUUUGUCUUCAUGACGCGUUUGCCGCCUGUCGGAUUUGCUCGUUGGAAGGGCUUCCAACCUCCGACAGAUACGAAUCGGCGAAGUAUCUCUUGCUCUUGAAGUUUGGAAUCCAGUUGAGCCGCAUUUUCAAGGAAUACUUUCGUCCUAUGCAAGCCUUCCUGCCCAUCGUAUGGCUUCAGCGUUGCGUUGUGCAUUUCCCAAAACUUCAAAGGAUCCUUUUGGAAUUUUGGAAACUGUUCAUGGAGGCUGGAAAUCACAUGAAGUUCCUGGAUCUCUAA